AUGUCUGGUGCGGAGGCGAUUGCGACAUUUGCGCUUGUGUGCAAUAUCUUGCAGACGAUCGAGCUGGGCUUCAAAGCAGCUUCAAUCUGCAAAAACAUUUACAAGACCGGUUCCUCGGACCCCGACGAAGACAUAGAUGAGAAGCGGCUGGCCCAGAUUUCGGAAGAUACUCUUGCCACAGCAGAAAAGCUCAAAGUCAUCCUAGAGAAACCAGCGGCGGCCCAGGGGAGAAAAUUAGAUUCCAUAAAGUGGGGUUUGCACAGAGCACUCAAGAAGGGCGAUGUGGACAAGCUUGAUCGGCACCUGAAGAAGCAGAAGGCAGUCCUGGAGACCGGCUUGCUUUCACGCAUCUGCACUCAAAGCGAGGCUCAUAAGAUCGAGAUGAGCACCGAAUUUUCUCAUCUAUCUGGAGCGCUCCAGGGCUUUGUGAAAGGAAUCUCAGACGGUCAAAAUGACCUGCAACGGCUUGUUCAGACCAGUGCAAAGGAGACGCAGACCAAAAUGACCCAGCAUAUGGACAAGUUGAACUUGAGCUCAGAUGAUAAGGCACGACGAGACAAGAUUUUGAGUAGCCUGAAAGCUCCUAAGCUGAACAGCCGGCGAACGAGAAUCGACGAGCCACAUGAGAGCACAUUUGCCUGGAUUUUCCAGUCUGAAUGGACUGGCUACACCACAAAUACCUGGACUGGGCGGAAGCAGUAUACGCAGCCAAAUACCUUUCCGCAGUGGUGCCAAGAUGUUACGGCCAAGAUAUUCUGGAUGAAUGGGAAGGCCGGGUCGGGGAAAAGCACUCUGAUGAAACAUUUGGUUGACAGUGAAGACACCCAAAGGCUUCUGAACAGCACUUCUCCAAACACACUUAUUUUGAGCAAUCAACCUCAUUUCAUACCUACGAUGUCGACCGCAAACCUCAUGCAGAAGGACGAACCCGAUGACUGGUCCCCUCAGGAGCUUCAAAAUACAAUCCUUGAGACAGUCAAGACACUGGGGCGUCCAGUGUGCAUUUUCCUUGACGGCCUGGAUGAGAUUGGAGACGAUGGUCCCGACAAGCUGCUGGCGCUUAUUGAGGUCUUGCUCGCAGACAAGAAUAUACGAUUAUGCGUAUCGAGCCGCCCGGAUCCUGCCUUUCACAAGCGGUUUGGGCUUUUAGAUGCGGUUUGCGACAAGGCCAAUGGUGUAUUUCUCUGGGUAUCAUUGGCUUUGAAAGCCAUGGGAGAGGGAGUUGUCCGUGACGAUGACCAGGAUCAACUGAUGAGACGCUUGGAAGCUUUACCCCGUGAGCUCAAAAGCCUCUAUCAAGAGAUGUGGGACAGGGAGAACGGCGAGCAUGAAUCCUACCGCAAAGAUGCAGCACUUUGGCUCAACCUUAUGCUUGAGGGCGAAGACAUAGUCCCGUGGCACACAUUGUCAGUCUGGCACUUUCUCCUUGUCCGCAAGACUGAGUAUCUCGACAAGAUAUUUGACAGUCCCGCACCACUGGAGCAAAUAAAGACCUAUUCACGGGAAUUAUUAAACACGAAGCGUCAGUUGGAGUCACGUUGUGCUGGUCUCCUCGAAGUGAGAACCGACGAAAACACGAAUCACCUGGUGGUAUCCUUCAUUCAUCGAUCAGCCAAGGAGUUCCUCAUGAACAGCAACAGAGAGAUACUAGGAUACGACCAAACAACCCCGGAAUUCAGGAUGUUUGUCUUGUUGAAGUCCUGCAUCGUCAUUCCUGAAAGUUACAGCAAGUUGUACCUGACAGUCCCUCCGGGCGUGGGCGAAAUUUCUGGAGCAGCUCCUUGUCGGGAAGUCCACCCUGAUUAUGAUGAGACUGGCUUGGACCCAUCAAAACCCAGAGCUCAACCUGGCAUAACUAUGCCAGACUAUCAAUGGUAUUGUGGCCACCUUCGAAUGCUGAAGAAAGACGGUCAUCUUGAUUCGGAAAUGAUGAUCAAGCUCUUUCAAGCCACCAAGAAGAUAUUUGACCACACGGAUCAGAUGCAUGUGCGUUGCGACUUCGUUGCUCUAGCAGCCAGUCAAGGAAUGUGGGAGUAUGUCUAUGCAGUUAUGGAGGAUUUCAGGGCCAACAGCCCUAACGGAAAGAUCUCAACGACAUACAGUACCUAUCUCUUUUGCGCCUCGUUCGGAAUUCCGGGUGCGCCUACACACACCUACGUUUCUUCUAGCGAGGACAGAAUGAGGAUCUCGCGCAUGAUGCAGAAGCAUGGUAUCGACCUAGAUCACAAAUGCAUCGAAAGUCAAUAUUUUGAAAGUCGCGUAAUCCCAGUGGGUCGACCACAGAUCGCAUUACUUCGGUCACCCCAAAUGCUGGUGAUCCUUAGGAUCAUUCAGGAAAGGGAUGAUCUCGAGGAUAGGCGAAGUGCCCUAGAGGUCCUUGCAUCCAUCGUCGUGCAUGGCUAUGAUCUUGAUGAGAAAACAUUGAUCAUACCUCAAUGGGAUGAUGCCUUGGAAGAAAUCUAUGUUGGAACCCUCCCAUUCAUUGCGCAACACGGACAAAGCGCGGCUAUGUUUAAGUCUCCACUUCUCGCUACGCGGCUGCGGGAGGUCAUAAGCCGUGUCAAAUGGGAGCCUCUUACAGACCAUGAGGAAUACGAAAGGCUCAAGCUCGUUGGAAAUUUUGUACCUGUGGAUGCCGACAUCUGCAAAGUGCCAAAGCCUUUCUAA